GCCAUCCUAAACUUUUCUAUUGAAGAAGACAAACAAAACAAAAACUUCAUAAUGGUAUUGCAAAAACUUCCUCUCAUGUCUAUUGGGCUGCUUUGGCUACUAAUCAUCGUAGGUCCGCUGGUAAAUGCCGAUGGACCUGUUUGCCCACCGAAACCGUCGGACAAACUAAGCCGGGCACAUUUUCCUAAAGGUUUUUUAUUUGGCACAGCGACUGCGGCAUAUCAGGUUGAAGGUGCAGUGAAUGAAACUUGUCGUGGACCAUCCGUAUGGGAUAUCUAUUGUAAAAAAUAUCCAGAAAAAUGCAAUGGCGAUAAUGGUACUCAAGCUGUUGAUUUCUUCUAUCGUUACAAGGAAGAUAUUCAAUUAAUGAAGAAUCUAAACACAGAUUCCUUCAGAUUAUCUAUCUCAUGGACAAGAAUUUUUCCUCACGGGAGAGAAGAGAAUGGAGUGAGUAAAUCUGGUGUUCAAUUCUACCAUGACCUCAUUGACGAGCUCAAAAGAAACGGUAUAAUUCCGUUCGUGACUGUUUUUCAUUGGGACACGCCACAAACUCUAGAGAAUGAAUAUGGGGGCUUCUUAAGCGCACACAUUGUGAAAGAUUUUCGGGAGUAUGCUGAGUUUGUUUUCAAAGAAUAUGGUGGAAAAGUUAAACAUUGGAUCACUUUUAACGAGCCAUGGGUUUUCGCGCAUGCCGGUUAUGACGUUGGAAAGAAAGCACCUGGACGUUGUUCUCCUUACGCCAAGGACGAAACUGUCAAGGGAGAUUGUCUAGGCGGACGAUCAGGUUAUGAGGCUUAUCUAGUCAGUCACAACCUCCUCAACGCUCAUGCAGAAGCCGUUGAAGCUUUUCGACAAUGUGAAAAAUGUAAGGGUGGAAAGAUCGGAAUCGCACAUAGUCCGGCUUGGUUUGAACCACAUGACUUUAAAGAUGAACAAAGUGGUGCGACCAUUGACCGUGCACUUGACUUUAUAAUGGGAUGGCAUCUGGACACAACUAUGUUUGGGGAUUAUCCACAGACAAUGAAAGACAUUGUUGGACAUAGAUUGCCUAAAUUUACUACUGAGCAGAUAGCAAAACUCAAAAACUCAGCCGAUUUCGUAGGGAUCAAUUACUAUACUUCUACAUUUUCAAAACACUUGGAGAAGCCAAACCAUGCAGAACCAAAAUUUAAACAAGAUUCUCUUGUUGAAUGGAAAAAUAAAAAUGUAAACAAUAUCACUAUUGGUAGCAAGCCUGAAACCGGUCCAUUGCCAGUUUAUUCUACAGGCUUUAGAAAAGUUUUGAAAUACGUCAAAGAUAAAUACGCAAAUCCUGAAAUUAUCAUCAUGGAAAACGGAUAUGGAGAAAACCUUAAAGAGAACGAUUCGGUUGAAAAUGGUACUGCUGAUUACAACAGGGAAAGUUAUCUUAAGAAGCAUCUUUGGAGUAUGCACAAAGCUAUUUGCGAAGACAAGGUAAAUGUUACAGGAUAUUUUGUAUGGUCAUUGAUGGAUAACUUUGAGUGGCAAGAUGGUUUUAAAAACAGAUUUGGACUGUAUUACAUUGAUUACAAAAACAACCUCACACGUCAUGAGAAAGUUUCGGGCAAGUAUUAUAGAGAAUUCCUUAGUGAGGGAGUUCGUCCAUCCGCUAUCAAGAAGGAUGAGCUUUGAGCUAUAUUUGGACGAUUUGGUUUCGUUUAGAUGUUUAUUUCUUAUGCUUAGUAUGUGACUGACCAAGAUUCAUUAGGUCUUGGUUAGAAUAAUAAAUGUUCGUCUUUCCGUGAUCAAGAUUAGCUUUGCCCUAUGUUUGUAGGAUUUGAUUUCGAUUCAAUGUUUCUUCUUAUGUUUUAGUAUGUGGCUAAACAAGAUCCACUAGGUCUUGCUUAUAAUAAUAAAAGUGUUGUUUUUCAUUUCUCGAUGUCUACGUGAUCACUGAUUUGACAAGAUAAAGAAGG